AUGGCCCCCUUUGGGCUGCUCACCCUAGAGGUAGAACGCAAGUUUAGCCGACUUGCUGUGCAGCCAUUGACUCUUGCCGGAGGGCACCCACCGUUUCGAAGUCUGCGGUACUUGGGUUUACGCUCCAUGCACGAUAUAUACUACGAUUUAGAUGGCCUGCUAUCCUCGAAAGGCAUUUGGGUCCGCAAGAGGGACGGUGACUGGGAAGCCAAAAUAAAAGAUGGCGGAAAUUUCCAGAAUUCCAGGUUCAUGGAGAUGCGCAACCCAGAGGAAAUCUCUCUUCACCUGAGACUUUCUACGGGUAUCAGCCAAACUGAACUCACCAACUUUGGACUACGGGAGUUGGCUUCCUUUACAACAUUUCGGCAAAGCUGGGUCGCCGACGAUGACUUCACAAUUGUUCAAGACACCAUGGAUUUCGACAAUCAUAUGAACGCGCUCUGA